AUGGCGAAGCUGACAGAUUGGCUCCUCUUCUCGUUGAUUCCCGGCCUGGUCCUCCUCCACCUCUACGUCUCCCCGUAUACAAAGGUCGAGGAAUCCUUCAAUAUCCAGGCCAUCCACGACAUAUUAACCUACGGGAUACCCACCAAGGAUAUCCCAAACACACUCCGCGCCGAAUAUGAUCAUGUAUCGUUCCCCGGUGCCGUUCCGCGCACCUUCGUAGGGGCAUUGGUUGUGGCGGGUGUAGCGCGGCCGGUUAUAUGGCUGAAUUCGCAGAUUGAUAGACAAAUGCUGGUGCGCGGUGUGCUGGGCGCCUUCAAUGCCCUGACGCUCAUCUCGUAUGCAAAGGGGGUGCGGCGGGCAUUUGGCAAAGACGUGGCUGUCUGGUAUAUUUUAUUUCAAGCCAGUCAGUUUCAUGUAAUAUACUAUGCCUCUCGAACACUUCCAAACAUGUUCGCAUUCGGAAUCACUACAUUGGCAUUGCGCAACCUUCUCCCCGAAUCCACCUCGACAGUUCAACACUCCCGCUCGCACAAGAGACACCGACUGUCUCUCUAUCUCAUUACCGUCUCUGGGAUAAUCUUCCGCUCAGAAAUCGCCCUCCUCCUCGCAACCACGACGUUAUACCUCUGGGCAAAAAAACGCAUAACCCUCUUCAGCGAUAUCCUCCCCGCCGCCCUAUCUGGCCUGACAGUCGGGCUUCUCCUCACCAUCACGACCGACUCCAUUCUCUGGCAAAGUUUUCCGCUCUGGCCUGAACUCUCCGCCUUCAAAUACAACGUCCUCUCAGGCCAGGCCUCCGCUUGGGGCACCUCCCCCUGGCACUUUUAUUUUACAAACGCGCUCCCUCGUCUCCUCCUCAAUCCCCUCACCUACACCCUUUUCAUCCCCUUCUCCAUCCUCCAGCCGUCCACCCGCCACACAUCGAUCUCCCUCCUUUUCCCUCCCCUCACUUACAUCCUCCUCUACAGCCUCCAGCCACACAAGGAAUGGCGUUUCAUCCUCUACUCAAUCCCUCCGCUAACCGCCGCCGCCUCACUGGGUGCCGCGUACGUCUGGACCCACCGUACAAAAUCACCCUUCUACCAACUCCUCUCCCUCGCCCUCUGUCUCUCCACCUUAGCAACAUUUGCCAUCUCUACGUUCCUCCUCCUGCCAAUCUCUGCGGCAAAUUACCCAGGUGCCCACGCCCUAAACGCUCUCCACAAACACCACCUUAAUGAGAACAACAACGGCGCCAGCAGCACCCUGCUAAAUAAAGAACACAUCAGAGUACACAUGGACAACCUCUCCUGCCAGACGGGUAUAACCCUCUUCCUCCAAAAACCAGCGCCAAAGUCACCGCUUAUCGUCCUACCCGGUUCCCCUGAUGGAAAAUACCCAGAGAUCCGCAGCGGGACGCAGGCGUGGGUGUAUGAUAAGACGGAGGCGAGGGAUAUUGAUGCGAUGAAAGAUCCCAAGGCGUUUUGGGAUAGGUUUGAUUAUGUUCUUGUGGAGGUUGGUGCGGAUGGAACAAGUGAUAGGCCGGGUCGCUGGGAGGCUGUUCAGGAGAUUAAGGGGUUUGGGGGAGUGAAGGUGCUGGGGCCUGGGGAUGAGGGUGGGGAGGAGGUCGAAGAGGCGGUUUCAAGGCGGUUGUUUGGUGAUGCGGGCUUGAAGGGAUGGAGGUGGGCUAAAGGGGUGGUGAGAAGGUAUAUUUCUCGGGGUUGGUGGGUGGAGGUGCAAAUGGUGCCGAAGAUUAGGGUUCUAAGGCGGCUUAGAUGA